CUCAUCCCUAUUUUAUGUCUUGAUCAUUCCGCAACCCGGCUCAUCUUUUUUGCGUUCCGCGUCCAUGGGGAUUUUCAGGCACCUUGAGUCUGAAGCAACAUCGCAUCAUCCAUCGCCGUCGGGUUACUCAGAUCUAUCUCUUGAUGCUACAGAAUCCCGGAUGAACGACUGCGCCAGUACCGACUCAAUACGACCCACAGAAACACGACCGCAGAUGGAUGUUCAAGGGCCCGCCACGGGACCUCCACUCGGCAAUGGAUAUGUACAACAGGCCCUCCUGCUACACAGGAGGAACAGCAGCUUUGCUGCUAGCAGCAGUAACAGGAACAGCGUCAGCAGCGUGAAUACGUUUGGACACGGUAGCGAGGUACUACACCUGCUUGCGCCAGCCUCAUCGUUCUCAGCCUCGUCGUCCUCAGCCUCGUUGUCCUCAGCCUCGACCUCGGUUUUAUGCUCGACAUCGUUGAAGGUCAAACGGCCGGAAUCGCCAUCGAUCAGCAUCAACAGCGUAAGUUUGGACGAUGUGCAGGACAGCAACAACAGCUUCCAGUCGGACCUGAACAAUGUCCCCACUGAACCACACCCUCAUCGAAAGCAUGACUCCACCGCCUCUGUCCGCAACUCCACCCUGCGAUCUCCCUCGCCAGCUCUGCCAACGUUAGUCUGCCAGGACACUAGAAGGUCAUAUUCAAGGGCUGGUUCUUCCGCUGGGAUGUAUCCACAACCGUCAAGAGAUUCAAGGUGCACGACCCCAAAUGCCAGGGCAGGAACCAUGGGAAGUAAAGUCGACGACGAAGGCCACUCCUGGGAAUCGCGACAUAGCCCUGCGGUUCUGGAACGCGAAAUCCAAGCACUGAAGCACCAGAUCCAUCAGGCAACCAUGAUCCUGUCACACGUUGUCCAGACCAUGUCUGUGCCCACUCCUGCAGCACUACUAGGCGCCUUGAAGGACUCGGUACCACAACAAUUCAGUGUCAGCGCCAGCGCCAGCACUAACACCGGCACUAGCGCCAGCAGGAGACAAUCACAUCUGGGACAGAAGCAACACCCAAGUGGCUGCAGAUGUGCGCUUCUACAGCCCAGUCAGGACGGUAAACUCAGGGCUGGCCGAGAGGCGGCCUUCUUGGUGGCGUGCUAUUGCCCAGACCCUUGGGAAUUCCAAGAUCGCGUCCUGAGGCAGAUCGAGCUCAUGCAGGAGGAGAUCCAUACCUUUCAACAAGAAGCACUGGAGAUCGAGAGAAGGACCACGAUGCGGAUGAGGCAGGAAAUGCUGGAGUGGGAAUGGGCGCAUGAUAGGGAGUGGACCGAGUCGAAUGAUCGUUCUGAGGUGCGUUCCUGAUGAAUGGCGCGUAUGGGGGAUGACAACUAAAGCGUUGAAGACGAGGCAAAUUUAGUGAAGAGGAAGUCAAGGGAGGAGUUGCUGAGCGAGUGUAAGGAGACGGAUGGGAGUUGGUGCACGGAAAGGGAGAGCAGCAUUGGAGGUCGAUAUAUACGGGAUAUAGCCCAGGGCAGGACCCAAAGCAAUGCCUACAUAGACGGC